UGCUCGGUUAGGACCUCGGAGAGCGCCGGGCGUCGCGACAACAGGGACUGGAGAAGCUGGGGGCGCCGGGUCGGACUAACGCCUGCGCGCCCGCCUCCCUCCGCACCCAGAGCUUCCCGGGCUGACAGGCGGCUAGCGGCGGCUGUGGAAGGUGCCUGGAGUCAGAGAGCCAUCCCUCUGGGACUCGGACGCCGCCGUCCAGCCGCCGCUCCCUCACACCUGUGUGUGCGUCUGUGAGCUUUUUAAAAUGAAGAAGUUUAAUUUCCGAAAAGUUUUGGAUGGCUUAACUGCGUCCUCCCCUGGCAGUGGUAGCGGCAGUGGCAGUAACAGUGGUGGUGGGGCUGGAAGUGGUUCCGUGCACUCAGGAGGGACUGCAGGGGUUCUCAGAGAAGAGAUACAGGAAACUCUGACUUCAGAAUAUUUCCAGAUCUGCAAGACAGUACGGCAUGGUUUUCCUUAUCAACCCACAGCAUUAGCCUUUGAUCCAGUUCAGAAAAUCUUGGCGAUUGGGACAAGAACAGGUGCUAUAAGAAUACUCGGGAGACCUGGAGUUGAUUGUUAUUGCCAGCAUGAAAGUGGUGCAGCUGUUCUGCAGCUCCAGUUCUUAAUCAAUGAGGGCGCUUUGGUCAGUGCAGGUUCAGAUGAUACACUUCAUUUGUGGAACCUUAGGCAAAAAAGGCCAGCUAUUCUUCAUUCUCUUAAAUUUAAUCGAGAACGAAUUACUUACUGUCAUCUACCUUUCCAGAGUAAAUGGCUCUAUGUUGGAACAGAAAGAGGAAAUACACAUAUUGUAAAUAUUGAAUCUUUCAUUCUUUCUGGAUAUGUUAUCAUGUGGAACAAGGCAAUUGAACUAUCCACAAAGACUCAUCCAGGUCCAGUUGUACAUUUAAGUGAUAGCCCAAGAGAUGAAGGGAAACUGCUAAUAGGUUAUGAAAAUGGUACUGUGGUGUUCUGGGACUUGAAAUCUAAAAGAGCUGAACUGAGACUUUAUUAUGAUGAGGCUAUUCAUUCAAUUGAUUGGCAUCAUGAGGGCAAACAGUUCAUGUGCAGCCAUUCAGAUGGAAGCUUGACUUUAUGGAACCUGAAAAACCCAAGUCGUCCUUUCCAGACCACAGUUCCACAUGGAAAAAGUCAAAGAGAAGGAAGAAAAUCUGAAUCUUGCAAACCAAUUCUUAAAGUAGAAUACAAGACCUGUAGAAACAGUGAACCAUUUGUAAUAUUCUCUGGUGGGCUGUCCUAUGACAAAGCUUGCAGAAGACCAAGUUUAACCAUCAUGCAUGGAAAAGCAAUUACAGUACUUGAGAUGGAUCAUCCUAUUGUUGAAUUUCUAACUUUAUGUGAAACACCCUAUCCAAAUGAAUUUCAAGAACCCUAUGCAGUUGUAGUACUUCUGGAGAAAGAUCUCAUUGUAGUUGAUCUGACACAGAGCAAUUUUCCAAUCUUUGAAAAUCCAUAUCCCAUGGACAUUCAUGAGUCACCAGUUACUUGCACAGCCUACUUUGCUGAUUGCCCUCCAGAUUUGAUUCUAGUACUCUAUGCUAUAGGAGUUAAGCAUAAAAAACAAGGAUACAGUAAUAAGGAGUGGCCAAUCACCGGAGGAGCUUGGAACCUUGGAACACAAACAUAUCCAGAAAUUAUUAUUACCGGUCAUGCAGAUGGAUCAAUAAAAUUUUGGGAUGCUUCUGCAAUAACUCUACAGAUGCUGUACAAGCUAAAAACUUCAAAAGUGUUUGAAAAACAGAAGAUAGGAGAAGGAAAACAAACCUGUGAAAUUGUAGAAGAAGAUCCAUAUGCCAUUCAGAUGAUUUACUGGUGUCCGGAGAGCAGAAUAUUCUGUGUGUCAGGAGUCUCUGCAUAUGUCAUAAUUUAUAAAUUCAGCAAACAUGAAGUAACAACAGAAAUAGUGUCAUUAGAGGUUCGACUUCAGUAUGAUGUUGAAGACAUUAUUACCCCAGAACCAGAAACAAGUCCUCCAUUUCCAGACCUCUCAUCUCAGCUUCCUUCUUCGAGGAGUCUUUCUGGGAGCACUAACACCGUGUCUAGUGAGGGAGUGACAAAGGACAGUAUCCCAUGCCUCAAUGUUAAGUCACGGCCACUGCGGAUGCCUCCAGGGUAUCAAGCAGAACUCGUUAUUCAGUUGGUGUGGGUGGACGGUGAACCCCCUCAACAGAUUACUAGUCUUGCUGUAAACUCAGCAUAUGGGAUAGUUGCAUUUGGGAACUGCAAUGGGUUGGCUGUGGUGGAUUUUAUACAGAAGACAGUACUGUUAAGCAUGGGGACCAUUGACCUAUAUAGAUCAAGUGACCUAUACCAACGACAACCACGGUCUCCUCGAAAAAACAAGCAGUUCAUUGCAGGUCUAACUGAGUUGAAUGACAGUCCAGUUCCCCUGGAACUUGAGCGCUGCAAGUCUCCCACUUCAGGACUUCCUACCAGAACUCCUGAGGCAGCACCAGGCUUUUAUAGGAAUGAAAUACCAGCUGUGAGACAGAGGAAUCAAGUACAUCACUUGCCAGUUAAAGGAUCAAGAAAGUUAAGUCUGCCAACAGAUCUUAAGGCUGAUCUUGAUCAUGUAAAUGGACACUGCACAAGUCCAACUUCUCAUAGUUGCAGCUCUGGAAAGCGUCUUUCUAGUGCUGAUGUUUCAAAAGUAAAUCGCUGGGGGCCUGGGAGACCACCAUUUCGAAAAGCACAGUCUGCUGCUUGCAUGGAGAUUUCUUUACCAAUUACAACAGAAGAAAGCCGAGAAAAUUCCUAUAAUCGUUCUAGAAGCUCUAGUAUCUCCAGUAUUGACAAAGAUUCUAAAGAAGCGAUUACAGCACUAUACUUCAUGGAGUCCUUUGCUCGGAAAAAUGACUCUACCAUCUCCCCUUGUUUGUUUGUCGGAACUAGCCUGGGAAUGGUGUUGAUCAUCUCCCUGAACCUACCUUCAGCAGAUGAACAAAGAUUCACAGAGCCAGUCAUGGUAUUGCCAAGUGGUACAUUCCUGUCAUUGAAAGGAGCCGUGCUAACAUUCUCCUGUAUGGAUCGAACUGGUGGACUGAUGCAACCGUCAUACGAAGUUUGGAGGGACCCAAACAACAUAGAUGAAAAUGAGAAAUCUUGCAGAAGGAAAUUGGUCAUGAACUGUCCCUCUCUGUCACAAGAAAUAGGAGAUCAUCAGUAUACAAUAAUCUGCUCAGAAAAACAAGCCAAAGUUUACUCACUGCCUUCUCAGACUUGCCUUUAUGUUCAUAACAUCACUGAGACAUCUUUUCUACUGCAAGCAGAUGUGGUGGUCAUGUGUAACAGUGCCUGCUUGGCAUGCUUUUGUGCCAAUGGGCAUAUCAUGAUAAUGAGCCUACCCAGUCUCCGCCCAAUGUUGGAUGUUAAUUAUCUGCCACUGACAGACAUGCGGAUAGCACGGACAUUCUGUUUCACCAACGAAGGACAGGCAUUGUACCUCGUCUCUCCAACUGAAAUUCAGCGGUUAACAUAUAGCCAAGAGAUGUGUGAUAAUCUACAGGACAUGCUGGGAGAUUUGUUUACUCCCAUAGAAACACCAGAAGCUCAAAACAGAGGUUUUCUAAAGGGACUGUUCGGUGGAAGUGGACAGACAUUUGAUAGAGAAGAGCUCUUUGGGGAAGCUUCAGCAGGAAAAGCAUCCCGCAGCCUAGCGCAACACAUUCCUGGGCCCGGUGGCAUCGAAGGGGUGAAAGGCGCCGCCGGCGGGGUGAUGGGAGAGCUGACUCGCGCACGGAUCGCACUGGACGAGCGAGGGCAGAGGCUAGGAGAGCUGGAGGAGAAAACCGCGGGCAUGAUGACCAGUGCGGAAGCAUUUUCCAAACAUGCACAUGAGUUAAUGCUGAAAUAUAAGGAUAAGAAAUGGUACCAGUUCUAAACUUCUAAAGAAGCUGGGGCUGCUCUGAGAAACCAUGAUUCAGGGAAACCAAACCUCUUCCCAGCAUCACUAUCCAACUGCUAGAAGCCAGUUUCUUCUACAAAAUGUUCCAUUACAGUCCAUCUGAAGUUAUCAUGAGAGACUUAUCAGAGACACUGUACAACUGAAAGUCUGGAACCCUGGUUAGAAUCCCGAGGUAUGGCUGAGUCUGCCUUUUCCCACGUGGAAUGGAGGUAUCAUCUUGGCAUGUCAUUUGCUAAGGAUUUAUAUUUAGGAACUACGGGGAGUUCUUCUGAUUUGAAAAAACCCUGUACAAACAAAAUCAUUAAUGCACUUAAUGAAAAAAAAACCUUUGCAUGAUAAAUUAACAUCCUAAGAGGAAAAGAAAAAAAGCAUGUUGUGAUAGAAGAAAAAAAGAUUAAUGGUAAACUAUUUUUAUAAAAUGGGCCACACCUGACAGUUUUAAAAAUCUGCAUUAGAAAUUAUCAGUGCAUUUCAAGUACAUUUGUCAUACCCAUCUGAAAAGGAAAAGAAAACCAAACCAAAUGUUCUUCUCAUCUGUAACUUUAAUUAUACUAAAACAUUAUGAAAUUCUGAUGGCAAAAGUCUGACUGACAUUCCUCCCACUCCGUAGUAUCUGACAUCAUUCACAUUCUCAGUCAUAACCAAGUAUUGGUGGUACAGUAAGUCAUUUCUAACACAAUUAUUUCCAUUUCUAUCACUUUCAGGACAAGUUGCUAUUUUUAGUCACAAACCGUGCAGGGCUGGGACACCUCAAAGCAUUUUUUCAGCCUAGUUUUGCUCUCUGCAAGGGAGUUGACUGACAGGUUUGGGGAAAGUAGAUUACAAGAAACAAGAACAACGCAGUUAGCUUUGAGAACUGAUUUCACACGCUCUGGUUUGUUUCUAAAGUGAUACAUUUUUAAUGCUCCAUUUGUAUCCUUGUCUGCCAGUUACACAGUAUAUUACUGUUCAAACCCAGUGGGGUCUUCAAUCCAAAGGUGCUCUUGCAUCCUGACACAGACCAAACUGGUCAUUCUCUUUAGCAUGAUUCAGUAAAACCUCAGUUAAUGUUUUGGGAAAGAGAUUCUGAUUUACUACAUUUCUGACUAACAAGGGCUUUCAUUAGAAAAUAAUUUCGGUUCAGUACUUACUGAAAACCUUUAUAAAAUAUGGUCAUGUUUUUGCUAAUGUUGGCCUCAGUCACCAUAAUGCGCAACAGAAAUACACAGAGAGUUGAAUGAUACAAAAUAACUUUGUCAUAAACCAGAGGAUUCUAUCAAUAAAUAUCAAAUACCUUUUCCUUAUUAAAAACUGUUUUCAAAAUGAAAUAAAUAAUAUCCUUAACAGGGUUAAAGGCAUCUCUCACAACUCAGCAGACAACUAGAGGCAAAAAACAAACACACCUACUAUCUCUAUUUAACAAAAGUCUAGGAGUCAAAAGUCAUAGAAAUCAAUGUAUGCCAAUGCCAGGACCCAUCCUAUAGUAUGUUGCUCCUUCAAAAAGAAUUUUUUUAAAGAAUUAAUGACUUUGGUUUAUUGAACUUCAAUUAACCAACAGCUUACUAGAUAUAUAGAUCUGUGUUUCAAGAAACCACCAUUUUCCUGAAGGCCAUUUUAUUUUAAUAGCCAAAAUAGUAUUGAAUAUUUCUUGGGUUUUUUAGAUUUUUUUUUUAUUUUUAGUGAAUUUGUUUGAAGUGGUACUUCCUUUAAAUAUUCUUAGUAAUUUUGAGAAGAGCAACGAUGUUUGAAAGAAGCAGCAAACGUGAACCUGGAUGGCAUUUCUCAGUGUCCUUGACUUCUUCUGAUUUCUCAUAAAACCCUCUCCAUGAAUCUCUCCAGACUCCUUUGAACAGCCUUAGGGUAACAAAACCUGACUUGGAAAUACAACAUGAUUCAUAAAAUUAUAUAGUAAAAAUAUCAAAGAAACCGGAGACUAGGAUUUGGGGAACACUAAUAGAUGGCAGUGCACUAUCAGUUUCAAGGACCCAGUUUUCUGAUUUUUCUGAACAGAUAAUUUACCAUUUCUAUAUUUUUAAAAACAUAAAAAAACCUAAAAUGUUAGUUUAUUUUAGGAACAAUGAAACUCAGUUCGAAGUGGCAUUAAGUUCAGUGGCUGUUGUGAAGGCCCAAUAGGACAUGAGGCGACUUGUUCUCUAGGAGGACCCUCCGCGGCGGCGCUGCUCACAGCAUCCUCACUGCGGCCGCUGUCCUUGCACCGCAGCAUGUUCAGCAGCAUCCCUGGCCUCUGGGUACCAGAUGCCAAUAGCCGCCCCUGAGUGAUGACAGUCACGAAUGUCUCCACCCAUUGACCAAACUGCUCCCAAAUGCGAGCCACUGCUCCACAUUGCUUAAAGACAGGCUAAGUGUGAAUAUAUAAUAUAAUGUAUGUCUUGUAUAAAAUUGAAUGUCAUAAGUGCACAGUGUCUUAACAAGAUAAAUUAUUAUACCCCAAAUUACAAGUGUGGUUUAGUAUGCAAUAAAAUACUAUUUUGGAGAAAGCUUAUAUGAAUCAGUAAAAAAAAUAAUAGUUAAAGAAUAUUUUAAAGCAUACAGAGAAAAUACCAAAAAGGAGAAGAUAGUGUUUCACAGAAGUACUUAAAACUCUGGCUUUAAUGAAUAGAUCAAAAGUUAGCACAAUUGGAAGUAAACAGGUGCUUCUGAAAUGCUUGAAAAGAAGAGAUUCUUUUUAAAUGUGUCUUUCAAUAUUGUUUUUAUAAACCCUUUCAUAAUGUAAGGGUAACUUGAUCCCACAAGUUCCUGAUUAGUGGAAUACAAAUUAAUGAGGUUUUACUGUAUCAAAAUUAUUUUUAUAAUUCAAAGAGACAGCAAUAAUAAGUAUCUAAUGUGGAUGUGAUUUUUCUCUUUGGACUUUUCUAUUCAUUGCACUCACCCGAGCACAUGCGUGCACACGCACACCUCCCAUCAGCAUCGCCAUCAGCACUACUGUCUUUGGCAAAUGAGUACUAUUGAUCCAUGUAAUUCUUUAAAUAUCUCUUAUCUACUCUUUAAAUGUCUUGCCUCUAUCUUAGAACAUAAGAAAAAUAUUCUUAGUAAUUUGGACAAUGAUAGAGAAAAUGACUUGGAGCCUAGUUGCCAUCAAAAUUACAUUCUGUCUGCCAAGGUGGCGUCAGAAAAUGAGGCUUGUAAACCCGGUGUCUGUGAGUUGACUUUGUCUCCCUCUGACUCCUUCAAGCGGUGAGCCCUUCUUAUCCCAGGAGAAAAUGGGCCUUUGCAUUCUGUUCAUCAGUGGGAAGCUAGACAUGUUUGUUUUUCUCGUUCUAAUAAUAAGCAAUAAUUCCUAUCCUGAAAUCAUCCGUUGACCCUGGAGUUUGGAAGAAAGAUGACUGAUUUGUCAUUUAUUUUAAUUCCUUAUGAAAGCAGCACUACUGACUGUGCUUCCUACGUAGACGUUGCUGAGACACAGACUUAGCAUCCUGGCCACCAUCAGGGUUGUUGUCAGACAAGCUUUGGAAGGACGGCAACAUAACUGAGUGAGUUCCUGUAACUCAGUCAAAAAGACGUUUUUCAGAUCUCAUCUAUAGCCUGUGAAUGAUUCUCAAGCUAAUAAAUCAGAAUCAAGGUCUCUAUUUCUCAAAGAUCUUCAGGGGUUGUAAAGGAACGUGUAUACUGCUGGGUACGCAUGACCCAUGUGUCUGGUUUUAAAGGUACAAUUUGUCAGCUACCUGCAUUAAGGGAGGACCGUUGCUUUGAACAAGGAGAAAAAACAUACAAGCCCUAGGUUGGUUGAAGAAAAUUAGGAUUAGCUCUUGGAGAUAUUGAUAUUGGUAAGAUGUUUGGCAGAGGGAAAAGGAAGAGGGUCUAGAAAUGUAAACUAAAAAUCCUCUUCUUGGUUUAGGAUCACUGGGACAACCCAGGAGCAAACCUGUGUGAUUAUUCUUGCCCUUGUGGGCAGACAUCUUAACUAGGCCACUUUCAUUCAGAGGUGGCAGUGCCACAGGGAGUCAGAGACUCCCAUCAGGCUCUGCUCUGUGCAUGGGGGCUUGUGGGGGAGAAACACAGCAGCCUUCACAGCGUCCUCCCCUCGGCCCUUUGUAGCCUCAGCCUGGUUUGUGACGAGGUACUGUGUCAUACACACACUGCCCCGAGUGCCAGAAGUACUUGCCAGUACACAGUAUGUUGGGAUACCACCACUCCAGGGAGCACGGUUGUCAUGUAGCAGGAUUAGCGUAUGUAUUGACAAACAGCAUAACCCUGAAAGGAUGAAAUGCACACCAGGUAAGGUCUGACUUGGGAAAGGGAGAGGAAGUACUGAUCUGAGGCAAGGAUGUCGGGCUAGGGAGGAACGUGGAAGCCGGAGUGAAGCGGAAAAGGCUUUGAUGAGGAACCACAGCACUGAAGGGUGUGUUUAUUUAUAUACUUAGGCAGGGAAGUGAUUCUCAACCUUGGCUGUUCAUAAGAAUCACCUAAGGAGCUUUUAAAAUUCCCAAUUACAUGAAAAUCUCUCAGAGUGGGAGCCAAACAUCAGUAUUUUUGAAAGUCCCCAAGGUGGUUCCAGUGUCCAGCUGAACUGUAUAAGCACAGCUUCAUGGCCAGCUAAGGAGACCCGCUGGCUCACCUGGGCUGGUGCCCAGGCCCCACUUCUGAGGGAUCAGGGCAGGCGAGAUGUAGGAGAUGCAGUAAUGGCUCGACUGCUGUUUAUUUUGUGUCACAACCCAAAACAAAUGUUCUGUGCAAAUUCUGACCAGAUGGUGCCCCAUUAACUCUUAAUAACAACUCUUUGUGGUUUUCUCCUUUAUGACUUGGCCAUCAAUUAUUCCAAUUCAAACACCUAGGCUUUGAUUAUUUUAUACAUGUGACAUCACGAAACACCAGAAAUAGCAUAAGAAAUUCAACAGCAUGUAAAGCUAAGUGGAAAACUAAUUCUCAAUAGUUUCAUAAUAGAAAUGCUCAAAACAAUCAUUUACUAAAUUAGGUCCAAGUUUAUUAUUCAUUCUUUGUUCGGGGGAGAAAUGGGUACCAGGUGCCUGUUCUGCUAUAGGUAUAUUUUCUUGAAUUUGAGCUUAGUGAGGUGGGAGAACAACUCUUCCUUGUUGUCUUAGCUCCCAGGGCCACUCCGAUUCGUUUGCUUAGGAACUGGACUGUGUUUAAGGAGAGAAGAAUGACUUUAACUCACUCUCUGGCCUCCAGGGCCCUGAAAGAGUGCUCUCGCCUUCAAAAAGGGAGAGUCUGCCGUCCGAGGCCAUAACAGUGAGAAAAUUCAAGCAAGUCCUCUCCUCUCACGCUGCUCCCCUUUAGUUUUGGCCCACCCUUCUCACUGCAAAGUCAGAUAAUAAAGUAGGUGGUGGUUUUGGACAAGUACACACAGGAUCAAAAUCUCUAAUAACCUAUAAUUUUUAGUACUUAAUUAUGUGAUAUUUUACUCUAGGAAAUAAGAAACCGAUGAUAUCAUUGAUGUAUCUUUCUUUCAUCCUCAGAAUUUUUGCAUCUUUUCAGAAAAUGACAAAUUACUAUUUUUCUGUUGCACUCAGCAAUUGUGACUAUACUUAAAAUUCUUGU